CACAGUUUCUCCUCGGGACAUUAACGGCGGUGGGACCGGUCGUUGACUGCAGCAGCUGCACUUGUCCUCAGACUUCCUGCGCUGAGCUGUGACACCAGCUGAGUUAAUAACCUUUAUUCUGACUCGAGGACUUUCCCAGCAGCUCCAUGUCUCUCGCGGCUGAAGCCUUCGUGUCGCAGAUGGCAGCUGCUGAGCCGUGGCCUGAGAGUGCGACCUUGUACCAGCCGCUGAAGGAGGAUCAGAUUCUGCUGUCGGACUGCGCCUCGUCUCUCGCUGUGCAGGCCUACCUCAGGAUGUGUGGUUUACCUGUGCAGGUGGUUUGCAGAGCUAAUGCUGAAUACAUGUCUCCUUCUGGUAAGAUCCCUUUUAUUCAUGUAGGAAACCAGGUGGUGUCAGAACUUGGGCCAAUAGUACAAUUCACCAAAGCAAAGGGUCAUUCUCUGAGCGACGGUCUGGAUGAUGUUCAAAGAGCUGAAAUGAAAGCGUACAUGGAGCUGGUCAACAACAUGCUGCUUACUGCUGAGCUGUUCAUCCAGUGGUGUGAUGAUGCCACAGCAGCUGAGAUUUCUCGUCCUAGAUACAGCAGUCCGUACUCGUGGCCGCUGAGUAAUGUCCUGGCCUAUCACAAGCAGUGGGAGGUUAAGAGGAAGAUGAACGCCAUCGGCUGGGGGGGGAAAACGCUGGCGCAGGUUUAUGAAGAUGUCAGUCAGUGCUGCCAGGCGCUUUCUCAGAGGCUGGGAACACAACCGUUCUUCUUUAAUAAACAGCCCACAGAGCUGGACGCGUUGGUGUUCGGUCACCUGUUCACUAUACUGACGACCCGACUGACCAGCACCGAGCUCGCCGAGCGGAUCAAGAGCUACAGCAACCUGCUGUCGUUCUGCAGACGCAUCGAACAAACCUACUUCGAAGACAAGAGCUCCUGAGAACCACGACUCCGUCUCCUCCUCUUGUACAUUCUUGUCUUUCUGUCUGUCAUCCCCUCUCUGUAGCACUGACAAACUAAAAAACUCCAUAUAUUCACGUCUUGUGCAGGAACAUGUCCCCUCUUGAUUCGUCCCUUUAAUGUUCCUGCUUGUACAUUGAUGCUGGUCCCAGUUCAGAGGAGUCGGUCCACUAAAGGAUGUACCUCCAAAUAACUCCAGCACCAAACGACCCAGAAAUCAUGGUAGAGAUCGUCUGUAGGGACGUUAACGAUCUUCCAAGUUUAAACACAUUUCAUUAUGAGCAUGCACCACAACACGUCGGAUUUAAAUGCUCAACUGGGUCGAAUAAAAAUAUUGAUGACAAUGAACUCUUUAGACUAAAGGCCAGUGUUAAAACGUCCAGCACUUCACUUCAGCAGGCGGAUACGUCUCGAAACUUAUUUAUUUACACUUUGCUUUUUCCAUCUUUUUCCACUCGGUUCGACAAGAAUAGUUUUUGUUACAGAUUCCCGCAGACUCGGAGGUUGUGUUUGGAUUCGACAGCUGUGACACGGACGGCGGGAUUCCACAUGAACUGUUAUUCUUUUCCCAGGGGACUUAAGAAGCUUGUCAGAAAUGUGAAACAGUCCGGACAUGAAUUAAAAAAUACAGAUGUUUCAUUUCUCCUGAACAAAAAAGAAAAAACACAUGAACAUAAUGAUGAAGAGGAUGUGAUUUAUUUCUUAGUUUUUCAACUUUGUGUGAAUGGAAAGUGCCUCCAAAAUAAAAGUCAUUCAACUCAA